UUCCGUUUCCCCCUAAAACUCUAACUUUAUAAUACCCCAGGAAGUACUUGGAAAAAAAAAUUGCAUCCACGACACCAUUCCGAUCCUUCCUUUCCGUUUCCCCCUGAAACUCUAACUUUAAAAUACCCCCAGAAGUACUUGCAAAAAAAAAAAAAAAAAAACAACUGCAAGAAUGUCGGCCGCCACCUCCGUCUCCAAUUCCGACAGCUCGAGCAAUGCCGGCGCCGGCGAAGGGCGGCCGAGCCGCUACGAGUCGCAGAAGCGGCGAGACUGGAACACGUUCGGGCAGUACCUCAGGAACCACCGCCCGCCGCUGGCGCUCUCGCGGUGCAGCGGCGCUCACGUACUCGAGUUCCUGCGCUACCUGGACCAGUUCGGCAAGACCAAGGUCCACACCGCCGGCUGCCCCUUCUUCGGCCACCCCUGCCCCCCCGGCCCUUGCCCCUGCCCGCUCCGCCAGGCCUGGGGCAGCCUCGACGCUCUCGUCGGCCGCCUCCGCGCCGCCUUCGAGGAGAAUGGCGGCCACCGGGAGGCCAACCCCUUCGGCGCCAGGGCGGUGAGGCUCUACCUCAGGGAAGUAAAAGACUCCCAGGCGAAGGCGAGAGGGGUCACUUACGAUAAGAGGAAGAGGAAGCGGCCGCCGCUGGUGGCGGCGGCGACGGCAUCGGCAGCAAAUACCAUGAUGCAUCCUCAUCUGAAUCCCAAGAAUUUGGGCAGUUCAGAUUAUCCAAUCUACCAGUAUGGCCAUGUGGUAGUGCAUGGUGGUCAGGCCAGCGACGACGAUGUUGCCAUGGUGGUCGUGGAUUCUCGCAAUGCUGCUUUCAUGCCACUAUCGGUGUUUAAUUAGUAUAGUUGUUAGUAGUAGUUUCUUGGUAUUGUAGAAAAGGCUCCAGAGCUAGGUAGGCUUUUAUGGAGUAGUGGGAUAAUCUCUGUGAACACUGUUGUGGUUCUUUGGAUGUUGUGAUGUGUUUAAAAACUUUUG